AUGAUCUGCGCGGGACCCACAUGGUGUAUAUGGGUUUCCCUUGAACGACGAGGAAGCUGCCUUUCUUUUGCUUCCUCGCGCUACGUCUUGUAUCUAAAAUCAACUAUAGUUGUGCGCUUUAUCUACCGGCACUCGGUUUUGAGUUACCACCGUUGCAAAUAUGUAACGGUCGCGUACUUCUCUAUGGGUUUAGCAAUUAGAAUUUGA